AUGGGAAGAAAGCUGCGACACAUGCUGAUGUUACUUCUCAUCAUCCUGAGGGAACCCAACAUGCCAGAAGCUACCUGCAGCUGUCCAUCACCAAUCUGCAGAUGUCCCAACCUAGGCCUCAGCAGCGUCCCUCAGACCCUCCCAACAUCCAUCACUCUCUUGGAAUUGAGCAAUAACCAAAUAACAGUGAUUCAGAUGAAUACAUUUAAAAACCUCCCCCAACUACAACAGUUGUACCUGUUUAAAAACCGGAUAACCAGUGUUCCACCUGGUGCAUUUCAAAAUUUACCUCGGUUAAAAGAACUGUAUCUACAUAACAACGAGAUAAAAAUCCUUCAAAACCAGAUAGCAAUGAUUCAGGCAGAAACAUUUAAAGAUCUACCCGCACUACUACAGGUGCACCUGCACAUAAACCAAAUAACAACGGUUCAGGCAGGUUCAUUUCAAAAUUUACCUCGACUAAGAGAGUUGCGCCUGUACUCCAACCAUAUAGAUAUAAUUCAGGAAGAUACUGUCGUGGUAAGUGGUCAUGAUCAGGCAGAGCAGGGUCAGUCUCAGUCCACUAUAUGUAACACAAACACAACAGCUACUGUAAUGACCAGUGCUCAUGAUCAGACAGGGCAGGGUCUUUCUCAGGUUAUUACUCAAUCUCCAAUAGACCCAGCAUGUACAGAAAUGGCCAGUGGUCAUGAUCAGACUGGACAUAGUUAUUCUCAGACCAUCGCUGAACCCAACACAAACACCACAGCUACUGUAAUGGAAAGUGGUCAUUGACAAACGGAACAGGGUCAGUUUAAGACCAUUACUGAAUCAAACACAAACACCGCAGCUACUGUAAUGACAAGUGGUCAUGAUCAGACAGGGCAGGGUCAGCCUUAG